AUGGUGAAUGUCGUUUCACUCGCCGCACUGGCGCUUGCCACGACGAUUGCCGUCGCUUUGGGUGACUCGAUACCUGCCGUGUCUUUGGGUGACUCGGUACCUGUCGUGUCUUUGAAUGCCUCCAUGCGUGCCGUGUCUUUGAGUGCCUCCAUUCGUGCCGAGGUGGCUCCUAUGCCGAAUGGAGCAUGGCCCACAAGCCAAGGCGAUGUAUACUUCGAAGAGCCCUAUACGGUCAAGAAGGGCGAGGUAUACGAUGGCGAGAUGAAGACGUACCAGCUCUCGAACGUCAAGUGCCGUGGCGACACGGAGAGUGGCUGGCAAAACGCCGUCUUCGUUGUCGAGGCCGGCGGUACACUCAAGAACGCGAUCAUUGGUACGGAUCAAAUGGAGGGAUCGCACUGCGACGAUGGUGAUUGCCUUUACGAAAACGUGUGGUGGGAUGACGUGUGCGAGGACGCGCUGAGCAUCAAGGGCGGUUCAGAAAGAAGCGUGACGAGAGUGAUUGGCGGAGGUGCGCGCUCAGCCAGCGACAAGGUGGUGCAGCACAACGGCUACGGUUCUUUGUUCAUUGAGGGGUUCUAUGUGGAGAACUACAGUCAAUUCUACCGCUCAUGCGGCAAUUGUGGCAACAAGGAUGUCAAGAUCAGCAUCAAGAACUUGUUUGUCGUCGACGGUCGCGUGAGAAUCGUGACGCAGAACAAGGGCGACGAGGUCACGAUCAAGAACGUCAAGAUCAAGGGCAACAAGGUCGAAGUGUGUUCGGUCGGCACGGGCGCUUCGCGCACGCCCUGCCGCUACUCGCCUAGUAACGUCACGUAUGUGUGA